AUGUCUCUUUCGAAAGAAUCAACUUACAAGUAUGCAUGUUCCGAAUGUCGCCGUCGGAAACAAAAGUGCGACCGGGACUGGCCUUGCGCAAGCUGUACGAAACGUAACGUUUCUAUGCUCUGCAAAUACACCUCAGAUCUACAUAGCAAGUCAGAAGUCACAACGGAGAAAGGCUAUCGUUGUAACAGCUUGAUCGCGGCACAAGAUAUAGAGAACCUUCGGGCCUGUGGAUUAGGUCCCUCAUAUCUCCGGCAGCUGGGACACAAGAUCGAAUCGAUUCGAAGGCUGCAUUUGAUCUCCUUGAGUUCGCCUCACCCGCUGAGUGCCCUAAUUCCAACAAUAUCUAAGAAUGAUGCUGAUGUUCUGGUGCAGGUGUUCACUAAAAAGGUCCACAUUCACUGUGACAUCGUCCCCCUAACUUCGUUUGUCAAGCAAUACUCAGACUGGUGGGCUGCACGCUUGACCAGAGGUACAAUUGACCUGCACUGGACUUGUCUCUUAUUGGAGAUUUUGGCCUGUGCAACACAGCAGGCAUUACCUUUAGAGCAGGGGUCACCUGGAAAACGAUAUCACAAUGCAGCUGAAUCAUUGUAUGGUGCGAUGUACGAUAAAGCAUCGAUUUUUGGUUUGCAGCGAAUGAUGUAUGCCUGCUUCUGGCAUAGAUGUGAAGGGCACCUGACCUCGUGUCGGACAGUGCUAAGCUCUGCUUGGUUAAUGGCCGUUCAGCUAGGAAUUCAUCAAGAACCAGCUGGUUCAGGAAUCGACGCCGAAAUCGACAUGAAAAGGAAAAUAUGGCUGUAUAUGGCAGAGUGGGAUCUGGAGAUCGCAAUUCUUCUGUCUCAACCGAGAGUUAUAGAUCGAACCUGCUGUUCCGUGAGGCGUCCAUAUGUAUGGCAAAAUUUAACUCUCCAGCGAGUCGUGGCUCACGUUGAACUUUUCAAACUCGUGUUUGAACGUCGAGAUGACAGCCGGUCGUGGCUAGAGAAUGGAAUUCGAGUGUGGGAACAAGGGCUGCCAUAUGAUCUCAAAUAUUCAACUGAGAAACUCCAAUCAGAUGUACCAGAAGAAAAAUUCCACCGGAUGUAUACUCUUGUUGCCAAGGUCACUGCGCAUAUCAGUACAUUGAUACCCAGGCCUGGAAUGACCUUUAUCAAACCAGAGGAUAGGAGUGCUGUGACCGGCCAUUGCUUAUCGCUGGUGGAAUACUUACGGGACUUGAUUGAGCUGUUGCGGGUACAGGAGAUCAGAAUGUUGUUUCUCUCUUACUAUAUUUUCACAUCAAUUGCAAUAUUGUGCCAAGCACACCGCUUGGCGCCCGACAGCCAGCUGACGGAGGUGGUCAUUGAGAAAGCUCAGUGGGCGUACGACUAUUUGCUCAAGUCUGAGGCUACUUCCAACUUGGCAAUGGCACUCAUACCGGUGCUACCUGAGAACGUCGAGUGCUCACAGAGUCGGGCAAGCCCUAUUGAAGAUUCUGAAGUAGAACCUUCCAACGAAAGCGUGGAAAUGACGGCAACAAUCCCCAGUAUGAACACUGAGAGUUUCUUUGAUACCUUACGUUCGGAAGAGCUUGAUGAAUUGGUGGGUGAAUGGCAACAGGGAGUCCUUAGCUCUAAUGAGGGCGCAUCAAGAAACCCGUAG